AUGCAGUUGUAUCGCCUCGGUCUGCUGGUCGCCUCGUGCGUUGCCUCGGUGGCAGCGCAAUCAACUUUUACUCCUGCUCGGCCGCCGGCCCUGCCGCUGGCUGUCAAGUCACCGUACCUCAGCACCUGGCUCCCCGCUGGGAAAGAUGGGGGUAAUGGCGGGUAUCUGGCUGGGGAAUGGCCUGUGUUUUGGGCUAACCAAAUCACUGGGUGGACGGGUUUGAUUCGUGUGGACGGCAAGGUCUAUACAUGGAUGGGUUUGCCUGGAUCAAAGACAGUCGACCAGACUGCAUAUGAGUUUACUUCCACCAAGAGCAUCUUUACUAUGAACGUGGACGGUGCGCUGGAAAUGAACAUCACGUUCCUGUCGCCUCUUACACCUAAGGACCUCCGACGCCAAUCGCUGGUCUUCUCGUACCUGAACGUGGAGGUCUCUUCACUCGAUGGCAAGGAACAUGACGUGCAAGUCUACUCGGACAUCUCUGCAGAAUGGGUGUCGGGAGAUCGCAAUGCCACCGUCCAGUGGGACUAUGGUACCACUGACGGCAUUGCCUACCACAAGGUGCAUCGCCAGACUCCCCUGGCCUUCUCCGAGAUCAACCAGCAAGCCGAAUGGGGUAACUGGUACUGGGGUACCGACCAGCACAAGGGCCUCUCCUACCAGUCUGGCGCGGACAACGAUGUACGCGGACAGUUCUCGAAGACUGGUCAACUGAACAACGCCAAAGACCAGAAAUACCGCGCCGUCAACUCCGACUGGCCGGUCUUUGGGUUCGCCUCCAACCUGGGUAAAGUAGGCUCUUCCCCUGUGAACACGCUCUUCUCGCUGGGCCUCACCCAGGACGCGGCGAUUCAAUAUGCCGGCAACGACGGGUAUGACCCGGUGCCGUCUUUGUGGAAGAGUCACUUCAAGACCGAGCUGGGCGCGCUGUCUUUCUUCCACAAGGACUUUAGCGAGUCUAACUCGUUGUCGAGUUCAUUUGAUAGUCAGGUGGCCAAGGACUCCGUUGCCACCGCUGGCCAGGACUAUCUCGUUCUCACUUCACUCUCGGCCCGACAAGCUUUUGGUGCUACGCAGCUGUGCGGCACGCCCGACCAGACGUACCUGUUCCUUAAGGAGAUCUCUUCUGACGGCAACAUGAACACUGUGGACGUUGUAUUCCCGGCUUACCCCAUUUUCUUGUACUCCAACCCCGAGCUGCUCAAGCUGGUCCUCGAUCCCUUGUACGAGAACCAAGAGGCUGGCAAGUAUCCUCAAGCCUACGCCAUGCACGACCUGGGCUCGAGUUACCCCAACGCUACUGGACAUUCCGAUGGUAAGGACGAAGCGAUGCCCUUGGAAGAGUGCGGAAACAUGGUCAUCAUGACUCUGGCGUAUGCGAUGAAGACGCAUAACUCUAAAUAUCUGAGCGCACACUACGACAAGCUGAAGCAGUGGACUGGCUAUCUGGUCGACGAUGCCUUGUACCCGGCGAACCAGAUCUCCACUGACGACUUUGCAGGGUCCCUGGCCAACCAAACCAACUUGGCACUGAAGGGCAUGAUCGGUAUCCAGGCCAUGUCUGUCAUUGCCAAUGAGACCGGCCACGCCGAUGACGCCGAGAAAUACUCGAACAUCGCCCACGACUACAUCAAGAAGUGGCAGCGCCUGGCCAUCAACCACGAUGCCAACCCUCCGCACACGACUCUGGCCUAUGGCGACUCUGAGAGCCACGGUCUCUUGUACAACCUCUUCGCUGAUGCCCAGCUCGGUCUGGGACUGGUUCCUCAAUCGGUCUAUGAUAUGCAGAGCAAGUUCUACCCGACGGUGGCGAACAAGUACGGCGUGCCUCUUGACACGCGACACACCUACACCAAGGGUGACUGGGAGUGUUUCACUGCUGCAAUUUCGUCCCGCGACACCCGCGACAUGUUCGUCAAGGACCUGGCCACCUGGGUCGACGAGACACCGACCAACCGUGCCCUGACGGAUCUGUAUGAGACAAAAUCGGGAGACUACCCCCAAAACCAGUUCGUCGCUCGACCCGUCAUGGGCGGCGCCUUUGCACCCCUGCUCGUCCGGCAGUAA